AUGGGUGGCAGCAGCUGGAGCGGGAAUGCCUUCCUCACGGGGGGGGGGAGAGGUUACCUCAGCCCCCAGGGCCACCGUGGUCUAUGCGACCUCCGGCUCCAAGAGAAGGACGAGCUGCGGUGGAAGAAGCUCAAGGCCGAAGGCCUGGACGAGGACGGCGAGAAGGAGGCCAAGCUGCGCCGGGACCUGGACGUAAUUCUGGCUAAAUAUGGAAUGAAUGGGAAGAAAGAUGCUCCACUUGGGGCCACAAACUACAUCAAAGAUGGUCUGGGAGAUGAUAUACUUGAUGACCCCAGGUUGGAGAAGUUGUGGAACAAGGCAAAAGCCUCAGGCAGGUUCUCAGAUGAAGAACUGGAGAAGCUGUGGAGGGAGUUUAAACACCACAAAGAGAAAGUCCACGAAUACAAUAUUCUGCUAGAGACCGUGAGCCGGACGGAAGACAGCCACAAGAAUGUGAUCAGCCUGGCGGAAGAGGAGAGCCCCUUCAAGGAGGAGCUGCUGCACAACAAGCACUCGGAGCUCAAGGAGAAGCUCCACAGCAUCAACCAAGGCUUUGAGCGCCUGCGGAGAGUCAGCCACCAGGGCUACGACUCCACCAGUGAAUUUGAGGAGCCCCGAGUGAUUGACUUAUGGGAUAUGGCCAAGUCAACUAAUUUUACACAGGAAGAACUUGAAUCACUUCGGGAGGAACUGAAGCAUUUCGAGGCCAAAGUGGAAAAGCACCACCACUACCAGAAGCAGCUGGAGAUCUCUCACCAGAAGCUGAAGCACGUGGAAGGGAUGGGGGAUGAUGAGCACCUCAGCAAACACAAGGAGAAAUACGCCAUGCUGCAAGAGAAGACCAAGGACCUGGGCUACAAGGUUAAAAAACACCUGCAAGACUUGUCCGGUAGAAUUUCUAGAGGCUUUCAACACAAUGAACUUUGAACCUCUCCCGUCAUCGUAGGAUCUCCCUGCUCUGGUCAAAAUAUAAUAUUGACUGUAUGCUGAAUUUUGUAUAGUGACUUGAAAUCCUGAUGUAAAUGGUCUUUGCUGACAAGAUGUGUUUCCCUGCUGUGUCCCUUUCCUGAGACCUCCUUGUGUUCUGUAACUUUCUCUCCUGUCAAUCCUGUUGUAACUUUCCCUGUAUACUUUUAGAGAAAAGAAGCCAUCGACAUGAGGCACCAUGCAGGGGGAAAAGGAGGGCUUUCAAGGUUUUGGCUGAAAAGGGUGUAACAUUCAGUUGCAUCCACUGAAAAAUUAACAGCUCACUGCUGAGAUUCUUGGAGGAUGGGCAGACAUCCUAGCAGUUUUCAGAUUCCUAGUAAGGGUUCAUUAAUGGGCCGUUAGAAGUGACCGCAUGAGGCACCAUUUGCCAUCUGCAGGCACAGCAAAGCAGUUGGAUUUUGACCACAAUGUCACCUUUUUUUGUUUGAAUAAAGAAAAAGAAAAAAAGGACCAAACGGUGUGGUCGCUGAGCAUGGAAUAAGAAGGAAGGGCUGGCCUGUCCCCCAGUGUUCUUCCUGAGACCUUCUGGGCCUGCCAGCGCAAGGUUGUGCUGACUGUGUGUCGUGCAGAUCGGAGGGCUUUUUGAGGAAGGGCCCAAAUUGCAGCCUCUUUCCUCCAAUGCUGCCUGCAAGACUAGGAGGAGCCGGGCGGGCGGGGGGGGGCAGCAGGAACUGCUGUGGAAGGCGUUUGGCUUCUGGGCGCCGGAACACGCAGAGCCUCGCCUGUUCCUACUUCUCCCGCCACUUCUUCUUUCUCUUCGUCGCCAAGCAGGCAUGGAGCUGUCAGGACCAGUUUGACACCCUUGCAAGCCCGAAGUGCUCUUUUGUGGCAGCAUUUUGGAAAUUUGUGACAUUCCAACUAAGCAAGAAAGUCAGAGGUGGAAGCCUGUUGGGGGGACAUCUAGCAGGCUAGCUGUGGGAAGGAGAAGGAAAGCAUCACACUAGGAGAUGCAAUGCCAAGGGAGACUCAUGGGUGCUGUUUGUUUUUCUGGCCAUUUACUUGGGAUGGGGUGGGGGCGCAAUCCUACUCUCUCAGUCAUUCCCCUACUUCUGCUCUGUCCCUGUGCUUUGCUUUUUUUGCCACAUUUCUGUUCAUGGAGGCUGGGGGGAGCCCUGGAGCCCAAAUGUGCAUCUCCUUGUCACAACCAGGUGGUAUUUAGGAUGGAAAAAAAAUACAUUGCCUCCAUAUUUCCCUACAGAAAUAUCCUUUCUGCACCUCUAGAAGCUGGCAGUGCAGUUCCAUGCAUUGUACCAUUGAAAUCUCUCCACUACUGUGACUUGUGGAAUGUUCCAGUGAGAAAAUACUGUAUGCUCAAAUUGGUAUGUGUGUUUUUAAAAGUACGUACACAACUGUGCAUAGAUUUCCAGCUGAGAAGAGCAAAACUGUGAAACUUCAGCACAGAAGAGUGAUAAAAGGAUGCUGGUCGGAUUUCUGGAAAUGGAAUGAAAUGAGGCGUGACUCAUUUUCAUGUGCAGGAGUUACUGGGGGAGCCUCCCCAGUCAGAGGGCAGCUCGGGACCGAAAUGCUUACAGGAUAAGCUUCUGUACCAGAGGCUUCCCGUAUUGUUAGAGUAGGGUUGCCGCUUUCAUUAGCUAGUUUCAACCAUUCCUGAUUUUGUUUAGUUGCGCCCUGUUUUUCAUACAUUGAAGUGUUCUAAUAAAGUGGAUGAAAUAAUA